AGGGAAAGAAAUUAUAUGCGAGUGUGAACGCAAAGAAAAAAAAUACACAAAAUUCAAACUAGUAGGUACGUAAAAGUGCCUUGUAUUUAUUAUUCAAAGAUGAACUCUUAUGAAAAACCAAACACAUAUCUUUCUAUAUUCUUCUGAUCAAACAUUGAACUCUCUAUUAUACUCCAUGAGCAGUUCAGUCCCUUGUGUUGUCCUGCUUUAUGUACUUCUGCUUUUCUUGAGACAAAAUUAUGGAAUUGGAUCUCCAAAAACAAGGUGCAAUGAAGCUGAGAGACAAGCGUUGCUAAGGAUUAAAGACCAGAUUUAUGUUUAUUCAUUUAGAACUGAGAGUGACACAGAAGUUGGCAUUGAUCUACUUUCGUCUUGGGGAGAAGAAGAAGAAAAAAGAGAAUGCUGUGAAUGGAUUGGAAUUGGCUGCAGCAACAACUCCGGUCAUGUCAUCAAACUUGACCUUUCUCCUUCAACUUUGUCUUUUCAAACAUAUGAUUAUGUUUUAAGAGGUAAAGUCAGCUCCUCAUUGUUUGACUUAAAGUACCUGAAUCAUUUGGAUUUGAGUAAUGUCGAAUUUGCGGGCGAGUAUUUCCCAACUUUCAUUGGUGGCCUCACCAAAUUAAGGUACCUCAAUCUCUCUUCCACUGCACUAACUGGAGAUAUUCCUCCUCAGCUUGGAAACCUUUCUAGCUUGCAGUUUCUUGAUCUUAGUACUAAUAAUUUAGAAUCGAAAAACUUGAAUUGGGUUUUACAUCUUUCUUCCUUACGAGUACUUGACCUGAGUGGCACAAACAUGAGCUUAGUUAAUGAUUGGGUGCAUGUAGUUGAUUAUCUUUCUCAUUUCAUAACAAAUUUGGUACUAAGUUCUUGUGAACUUCCUGAUAUUGUUUCACCUUCAUUUGCUAACUCUUCAAAAGCUCUUAGAGUCCUUGAUCUUUCUAUAAAUGACCAACUCUCUGAGUCUAUAUUCCAAUGGUUGUUCAACUAUAAGAGUAGCCUUGUUCAUCUUGACCUCUCUGGUUGCGGAUUACCAGGUUCCAUUCCAAGUGGUUUUAAAAAUAUGGCUGCCCUGACCUAUCUUGAUCUCAGCUGGAAUGACUUUGAAGGAAUCAUUCCAGAAUCUUUUGGGGAUAUGGUUUCUCUUACAUAUCUUGAUCUCGCAGAAAAUCAAUUAAAGGGUUUUAAUCCACACUCUUUCAAGAACACAACUGCCAUUGCAUACCUUGACCUUAGCUACAAUCAACUAAAAGGUUCAAUUCCUGAGUCCUUUGGAAAUAUGAUCUCCCUUACAUAUCUUGAUCUUCAUGGUAACCAAUUAAAUUUUCUCAAUCCAAAAUCUUUUGAGAAUAUGACUGCCAUUAAAUAUCUUAAUCUCGAAAGCAAUCAUCUAAAAGGAUCCAUACCAGAAAACUUUGGAAAUAUGCAGUCUCUUGCUCAGAUUAAUCUUAGCAAUAACGAGCUCGAAGGCGAAAUUCCAAAAUCCAUUUGGAAGAUAUGUGAACUAGUGAGGUUUGAAGCAUACAACAAUAGCCUUGGGGGAGAGCUCCAUUUCUCAGAAUCAUCUUCCAACAACUCAUGUGCCAAUUUCCCCAUGGAGUAUUUGGACUUGAAGCAAAAUAGAAUCAUGGGAUCAUUGCCUAAUUUCACACUAUAUCCCUCUUUAGUUGAGUUACAUCUUUCCUCAAACCAGUUCAGUGGAAUAUCCCAAAGUAUAGGCCAAUUAUCAAAGUUGGAGAUUAUGGAUUUUUCUGAGAACAAAAUCGAAGGUGUCUUAUCCGAAGCUCAUUUUUCAAAACUCUUCAACUUAAACACUUUGGAUUUAUCAAGUAACUCGGAUAUAGUUUUGAGAAUUAAUCCUGAUUGGAUUCCACCCUUUCAGUUGCAGUAUAUACAUCUUGAAUCUUGCAAAUUGGGUCCUCAUUUUCCAAAAUGGCUCCAGACACAGAAGAAUUAUUAUGAACUUAAUAUCUCCAAUUCUGGAAUUUCAGAUUCUACUCCAGAUUGGUUAUGGAACUUCCGGUCAGACUUAAGUCUUCUGGAUUUGUCUAAUAAUCAAAUUAGAGGAAGACUUCAUGAUAUUAAACAGAGUGUCAAUUUUUCCUAUGAAUACAGUAGAAGAUACCCUGAUGUAGAUUUGAGUUCAAAUCAGUUAGAAGGCUCAGUACCGAGCUUUUUACUCCAAGUGACUGCUUCACUAAAUCUUUUCAACAAUAGAUUUUCACAGCUAAAUUCCAUAUGUGAGGCCAUAGAGUUAAUUCCUUUGAUCUUUCUUGACGUCUCAUAUAACCAGUUGUCCGGCGAGAUACCUGAUUGUUGGUCACAAGCACGCUCCCUGCGAAUUCUCGUUUUGGCAAAUAACAAGUUAUCUGGAAAGAUUCCAAUUUCCAUUGGCUUCUUAGUUUCCAUCAAUGUGUUGCACUUGAGAAACAACAAUUUAACAGCAGAAUUGCCUUCAUCAUUGAAGAACUGUACCCAGUUGGUUAUAUUUGAUGUUGGAGGGAAUAAAUUGUCUGGAGAAAUACCAACAUGGAUAGGAACAAGCCUAACAGGCCUUCUUAUUCUCAGUACACGUUCUAAUAGCUUCAAUGGAAGUAUACCCUUACAACUAUGUCACUUAGUGGAUCUUCAAUUCUUAGACUUGUCUUCAAAUGAUAUGUCUAGCCGAAUUCCCAACUGUCUUAGUAACAUUACAGCUAUGAAAGAACUAAAUCGAAUCGAAGAAGCAUCAUACGGUGCAGAUCCUUAUUCUGAAACUCGUGGGCAACAAGGUGUUCCAGAUGAUUUUAACCGUGAAAAGUUAGUGUUGAUGUGGAAAGGAACUAUCUCUGAAUUCAAAAAUGUUGGACUUUUGAAGAGCAUCGAUUUGUCAAGCAACAAUCUUAUUGGGGAAAUUCCUAAAGACAUCACUAAACUAGUUGGAUUGAUUGCCUUAAACUUGUCAAAAAACAAUCUAAGUGGACAUAUCCCUCAAGAGAUUGGUCAAUUGAAGUCUUUGGAUGUACUUGAUUUAUCAAAGAACCAUUUUCUUGGCCACAUACCUUCAACUCUCACUCAAGUGGAUCGUCUGGGUGUAUUGGACUUGUCAAAUAACAAUUUGUCAGGAGAAAUUCCAAGAAGCACUCAACUCCAAUCCCGUGAUGCAGCUUCAUACAUGGGAAAUCCUCUGCUUUGUGGAGUUCCACUUCUAAUAAAAUGUCCAGAUGGAAAAGUCCUAACUACAUCUGAUGAAGCUAUAGAGAAUCAUGGUGACGAUGGGUUUAUUAGCAAAGGAUUUUACAUAAGCUUAGCACUUGGAUUUGUAGUUGGAUUUUGGGUAUUUUGUGGGACUUUAAUCUUCAACAAGUCUUGGAGAUGUGUAUAUUUGAAGCUCUUGAACAAUGUUGGGGACUGGGCAUACGUAACUUCAGAAGUUGGGAAGAAAAAGUUACUACAGAUGUUCAGAAGCUAAAUUGGGGGAGCUUUCAGUUUCAAAGGAUGCAGUGCGCUGGGAAUAUUUCUUCACCAAAUAAUUUGUAAUAUGCUAGUAACUUAUGUUUUCAUUUAUAAUAAUGACUCCAACUAGUUAUUAUUCAUGUUUUCAAAUUUUAAAACUUUCUACUUGUAAAUUAUUCCAAGUGAUGCAAAUUCCUAAAACUUACUAAUU